AAAUUCGGACACGAAAGUCUACAUUUGGUUCUCCAUACAAAACGGAAAAUUAAAUUUACACGUUUGGUCACCUGCUCUGUCCCAAUCCCCAAAUCCAACUACACCCAUCGCCAUUUCUAGGGUUUUAAUCCCACUCCCAUUGCUCUCAAUUCAAUCAUUCCCCCCAUCUCUUUCUACCAUAUCGUCUACAAUCGCAUCAACAUUCUCCAAUUCGCAUCAAAACCAGUACUACUGUCAACAUCAAUUUUGAAUUUUGAAUCAAACCAAACCGUAUCAAUGGCGUGAACAGCGCGCGAUUUGGGGGUUACGGUUCUCGCGUUCUUCAUUUGUGCCGGAUCGCGAUCCCGAUGGCGGCUCCGAGGAACUCGGUGGCGGAGGGCUGCGGGGGGAGGGACGAGGAGAGCAACAAUGCGGAGGACUCGCCGACGAGCAAGAAGCCGAUAGGGGCGAGAUCGGAGGGAAAGUUCCCGCUGACGCGGUGGGAGCUCGCCGCGGCGCUGGGCGUGUUCUUCGUCUUCUCGACGGGGCUCUUCUACGUGUACUUGACAAUGCCGGAUACCGAGUACGGGAAGCUUAAAAUGCCGCGCACUGUCUCGGAUCUCCGGGCCCUCAAAGAUGACCUUUCAAGAUAUGCGAAGGCAUACCCUGCAAAAUUCAUUCUGGGUUACUGCUCAACUUACAUAUUCAUGCAGACAUUCAUGAUUCCUGGCACCAUAUUCAUGUCAUUGUUGGCUGGAGCACUUUUUGGUGUUCUUAAAGGCCUUUUCCUAGUUGUUUUUAAUGCCACUGCUGGAGCAUCAUCCUGCUAUUUUCUGUCAAAGUUAAUUGGAAGGCCUCUAGUUAACUGGUUGUGGCCUGAAAGGUUGAAGUAUUUCCAGGCAGAGAUUGCCAAGCGAAGGGACAAGCUGCUGAAUUACAUGCUUUUUUUGAGGAUAACUCCGUCGUUGCCCAACCUUUUCAUCAAUUUGGCAUCUCCAAUUGUGGAUAUACCAUUUCAUGUUUUCUUUUUGGCAACUGUAGUUGGUCUUAUUCCAGCCUCCUACAUCACUGUUAGAGCUGGCCUUGCUCUUGGGGAUCUAAAGUCGGUGAAAGAUCUUUAUGAUUUUAAAACAUUGUCUGUUCUUUUCCUGAUCGGAUCUGUUGUCAUAAUUCCUACUCUCUUGAAGAGGAAGCGAGUAUAUGAGUAAAGCUAUAGUUGAGUUCCCUUGGAUGCCAAACUGGAGGGAUGAUGGCGACUCCCUUGAUGGUUAUGCUUCCGUUGCAAGACCUGAGGAGGAACUGAGGUGCAACAAUUACUCUUGGUUGAUACAAUGUAGCAGCAGGCCAUUAACAGGUUCUUAUUAGUGCUUUCAAAAGCACGGAAUAUAGGAGUGGUUACUCUCUUUUUUCUCUAUAUGUUCACAAUCAUCCCUACUAGUAAUUUCUUCCAACUUGGGAUCGGGGCACAAAUACUCGGAUUGGAAGUCUAGUAUAGAAAAUAUUAGACUGUAGCAGUUAUGCGAAAUGGUUUCUGAUUGAAUUUCUGAUCUGAUAAUCACAUCAGUCAUUGCUCUUGGCAAAAAGGGUUAACUAGUAGUAUACGCCUAUGUUAGAGUUGAUAGUGAUACACUGUUUUGCACUUUUAUUACAUGUCUUGGUUGGAGAAGAUCCCUAUGUACUUAUUUGAAGAGAAUUUGUGCAUCUCUUUGCUGAAAGAACUGUCUAUGUUUGUUCUUA